AUGACAACUAUUGAAGAACAAAUUAUUAAAAAUUGUGCUUUAGAAUGGCAAUUUAAAAUUUCACAAAAACAAUGGAAAAUAUUUCAUUCCAAUACUAUUGGCGACAAUAUAUCUGAGAAGUCACUAUUGACAAGAAAAUAUUUUGCUGAAAGAAAAUUGGAUGAAGCUUUCAAACAUGUAGUUUCGUGUAAUAAAUCUUUCUCAAAGUAUUUAAAGGAUUUCAUUGCUCUUCUACGUGGCGAAAAGUCUGUUUCAGAUAGAAAAGAAAUCUGUAAUUUGCAAAAUCAAUGCUAUAAUACAAUAGAAAGUUGGAAUAUAUUAAACGAUUCUCACAUGGAAUCAUUAAAUUUUUCUUUAAAUCAACAUUCAAGUGAAAUCAGGAAAACUAAAAGUCUUGUUGAUAAUACAUUAAUGGUUCAAACUUCAUUCGCUGAUGUAAUUAAAGCUAAAGUUAAUUUUGAUACAAAAUUCUUAGGAUUUGAAGCUGUCCUGCAAAAAAAUACAUCCCUAUCGACUGACACACCAUACAAAUGUCAUUAUUGUUCAAAAAUUAUGAAAACUACACACAGUGGAUAUAAGAAAAGUAUAACUGCCGAUCAAAGAUCUAAAACAAUUCGGAAGUCAAAACGUUUACUUAGAUCAGCAAAAACAUUGUCCAAGAAAAGAGAAGUAAAAGAAUCGUCUUUAACAAUUGAUAACUUUGAAAAUCAGUUAUCACUUGCAACGAAUACAAGUUUUUAUUGA